ACCGGAGAUGAGGAGAAAGCAAGUGCAUUAUAGUGCUUGGACAUCAACAGUCUCGACGCGUCUUUUCGCUUUAUAACUACCGUCUUACCGCAGUCGUAUUAAAACGGCUGGCAAAAUGCAGUAUAAUCGACAUCGUGUCCGCAUGAAAGGUUUUUGCUGGUGAUUUUUUUUACCCCCACUCUUGAUAGAUGACUUCUCGAAACGGGGACAAAAACUGGACACUUUGGACUUUAUUUAUUAUUGUGCUCCAAAAAUAAAAUUGUUAAACGGAUAUAUGACUCGAACGUUUCUCCGGUCCAGUCAAUGCAAUUAUUCGUUGUUCAGGUGAACGUUUACUGACUGCUACACCAGCUCACCUUGGAAGGAAAGAGGGGAGUGACACUUCAACCUCAUGCCUCCUCAGAGCCAUUCAUGAGGCAAGCCUUCCUCCACACCAACAGACCAGCAUGGAGAAAGGGGUCCAAACACGACUAGAAACCGGAGCGGCAGAGGAGAAAGAGCCUCACGGGAAGACCCCAUCAGCGGGGAGUGCCGACCCGGGACAUGAAUGCUACAAACGUAAUGGUUUGAUUAAUACCCACAACUUAAUGGUGGAGACUAAGGAAGGACUGGUGUCGGUCUAUUCUGCCCCACAGUACCAGGGCCAUGUGGUGUCCAAGGACAUAAAUGGGACACCGGAUGGUCGAGGACACCCACAGUUGCUCAACCCCAGCGCUCUGCCCCAGGCUAUAGACCCUUACUACAGACCCAACCUCCUCCUGUACCCCGAGAGCGUGUUGAGAGCAUGGGGAGAGGGGGGCGACUGCUGCGAGACCACCUUCAUUGAAGAGAUGAACGCCGCCUCGUCCGGCUCCGCCGUCACUAAAGACGGAAUUCUGUUCACUGACAACAAACUGCUGGAUCUGUCUAUGGAAGACGCCAAGAUCCAGACGCUCUCCUAUGAUGUUGAUGACGAUGAUGAUGAAUUUCAAGAACUCGAGAGUGAGUACUCAAGUGACUCAGAGAGUGAAGACAAUUUCCUCCUGAUGCCUCCGAGGGACCACCUGGGCCUCAGUGUUUUCUCCAUGCUCUGCUGUUUCUGGCCCCUGGGUAUUGCAGCUUUCUACCUGUCUCACGAGACUAACAAAGCGGUGACUAAAGGAGACUUUCACCACGCCAGCUCCAGCUCCAGACGCGCGCUAUUCCUCGCCGUACUGUCCAUCACCAUCGGGACGGGCAUCUACGUGGGUGUGGCUGUGGCCCUAAUCGCAUACCUCUCCAAAAACAAUCACUUGUAGCCUUCCCACGCCCGAACCACUCUCACAGUCGGAUAAAGACUGGGUCAAUUUGGGAUCAGCUUUUUGGGAAAACCCAAAUGGUCACGAUACGGGACUCACCAGCAAUGUGUUCCACUCCUGCACUUUUGAAAGCCGCGUUCCCAUUCCGUUGGGAAGAUCAUUGUUUGUGUAAAUUGUCUUGAUCACUUUUUUGCAUUUUCAUGUGAACGUGUCGCCACACUAUUGUUCUUUUUUGCGCUCAAUGUUUGUGCAAGUGCAAAUAUGAUGCUACACACACAAGAUUUUGGCCAAGUUAAAGUCAAUAUGAAUCAAAAUGGACUUGAUUUACUUUCUUAAUGCAUGUUGUUGUCACAUUUUCCCAAAGAAAUAAUUCAUCAGAAUGCAUUUAUUUGCUCUGCCACUGCACAACUUUACUUUUUUGUCAUCGGUGGCCAAACAAGUCAGGAUGAAAUCAGGGUCCGGUUGCACCAGCUGCGCGCAAGUUUUGCACACCAAAAGCAAACUGAAUUAUUCGCACAAGUAGAUGGUCAAUGCAAAGACGCAAAUUUGCGGCAGGCAAUGCAAAUGAUAUGAAUUGGGCGGCGCGAUUGCUGCCGCAAUCACGUCUUGCGUGCAAGUUGAAAAUUUCAACUUGAGCAGAAAAUUUGCAUGACGUAUUGUCGUGCAAGCUAACUGUCCAUGUCAAUACAAUGUCUGGUUGAAUCAGACAAUUGAGGAGAACAUUAAACAAUGUUUUUAAUUACGCUACUGACAUGAAAAACAUUCCACGAGUAAACUAGAUUGCUAACAUUUUGUGAAUAUUCGCUUCGUUUUUGGUGUGCACACACCAUAAAGGUGCAAGUUAUGCUGUGUGCACCUCAAAAACGAAGUGAAUAUUCUCAUCGUGUUAUUGCUGUAGAUUACUUGGGGGAAGUUUUUUUGUGUCACUCACUUGAAUAAAAUCAUCGCAUAAUGCCUUUCUCCAUUUUCUGAUACAGCUGGACGUGUCAAAAAAUUCAAAAGUGUCAUGCAAAAUUUACACUCAAGUUUUUAUGAAUCUUUGCGAUCGCCUUUCCUUAUAAUGUGGUAGUUAGGAAGUUUAGUGGCUAAAUGUUGCUAAAUGUGGCUAGAGUAAAC